AGUGGCUCUCUGACCUACUGCGGAUCAAACAGUCCAUCAUCUCGGCAUCUCAGAUUGCUGAUCCGUCGCCAAUUCCUACAUAUCGACCUCGAGGGCAGAAUUUCUUGGGCGGUCACCACAGCACUCUGCGGUGUGCUGAAUCUCGAGUAUCGAGUUGUAAGAGGUCAACAAAUCAGUUUGGGCUAAACCCGGCAACGCGUUGGAUUAUUCAGCCUGGAAUACUCGCCAAAAUAAUACACCAUGGGUCGAAAACCAAACCCCGUGGUUGGGGAAUAUUUCACCAGGGGCCCCAAACUUCCAGAUUCUAGCAACCGAUACCCUCACACCUGCAAGCUGUGUGGUGAAAACUUCCCAAAGGGUCGAGGCGAGGUCCUGCACAAGCACAUUACGGAAAAGUGCCCAGCCAUCACACCCGAAGAACGUAUCAACGCCGCACUCGGUUUCGCUGGACUUCACUCCGGCUCAUCAGCCCCGCGAUCAAUGAAUCUCCCCCUCAACCAGCUCGACGUCGCCGUCGCCGAAGUCGCCCCCGAAGCACCUGAGAACUGGUCUGCCCUCCGAACUCUCGCAGAAGCCUCACGACAAGUCGGUGAGAAUGAGAUGGGGGCGCCUUCGGCACUUGGUCGCGACCGAUCCGAGUCCGCUGUUCGACAACUCGGAAUCGGCUUCGAAGUCCAAGAGCAAUUCACCCUCGAGAACCCGCCAUGCAGUUAUGAGAAUCGGCCUGGUCGUGAGCGAAAGGAAUCCACCUCGAAUGACAGCACCAACCCUCUCAGCUUCCUCACAACCGAAGAAAAGAUGGAACACUUGCAGGCUGCUACACAGCAUCCCAACGACCCGCCUCUCGAUUCAUCGAAUCUCACCGUCGCCGCCGCCGCGACUGCCCGCCUCACUCAUUCCCUCAUGGACCCUGAAAUGGCUGCCGCCGAGCACAGCGAACCACUUCAAGUCAUCAACCCUGUAAUGGAAACAGACGAGGUACUCAAGGCAGACGCCGCCGUCUCUGUCGAAGCCCUUCCCGGACCCUCUCUGCCUCCGCAACUUCAGCAGUCUCAGCAACCUCAACAGCCCUGGGGCGAGAUGACUUACAUGACUACGAACCACAUCCCCGCAGUAGCCACUCACGUGGCCCCGAUCGUACCUCCCCCCAACAGAGGCGGCACCCGUAUGCCAAUCGGCAAUGGAACGCAGAGCGAACACAAGCGCAAGGCCUACAACCCGCUCCGGCGCAAGGAGGUUCAGGCCGCUCGCAAGAAGGGCGCCUGCAUAAGAUGCCGCAUCCUCCGCAAGACGUGCGGCACCAACGAUCCCUGCGACCAAUGCCGAAAGAUCCAAGGUCCGCGUCACUGGACUUACCCCUGCGUUCGUACUCGUCUGAACCAAGAGCUUACCCUCUACUCGGCCGCCUUGAUAGUAGUCCUGGCGCAGACUAGGGUCAAGCACGCCAGACAGAAAUACCAGCUGCUCUCCAACGGCACCUCCCUCGUCGUCUCCUUGUGGGAAGAUAGCCCGAGUUUGACGCUCGCCGCUCUACUCACACCCCGCCCGCAGCCUCCUCCUGUGACCGAGGGGGAGACGGAGGAGCAGACGAGCCCAGACACAAAGACGGAGUUUCGAGUCGUCAUGAUUGAUCAAGAUAAGGAGGACCUCCCUGCCCGUAUGGAGGAGUUCCUCAAGUUCAUUCUACCGACACUCAUCCAGCGCGAACCCUCCCACUUCAUGCAGGUCGUCUUGGCGGCCGCGCAAAAGUUCCCCGACAACAAGGCGACGGGCAAGAACUUGAAGCUCGCCAUUGAGCUCUGGGGUCUCAUUGAGAUUCUCGACCGCGAGCGGGGCUGGUGCAUAUCCGAAGAACGCCAAGGCGUAGUCGUGCCCAUUGGCCCCGAAGAGUUUGCCGGCAACGACGACCAGGACAUUUACAACCUCAUCACCUUCCAGCUGUCGGCCGCCACGGAGCGCAAGGCCAACAACGUCUCGAACAAGCUCAUCAGCGAGCUCCAGCGCUGCUUGGAAAACGGCAAGGCCAAGAUCAACUUUGACGUCUACCUCUCCAUCCUCAUCCUCCUCCACUGCCUGGAAAAGACCACCUGGACCUUCAAGGUGUGGGAGAUGGACGACUUCCGCCAGCGCUGGCCCCUCGAUCGCCCUCCCACCAUGUACGUCAACCAGGGCCGAGACAUUGCCGACCUCUUGAAGAUGCUCCUUACACUUCGAAAGUCUCACCCCAAGACAUUCCGCACCCUCGAUGGCCGGUUGAGUGUAGUCGACCUCGGCGAAUCGGACUUUGACAUGAUGGCCGAGUUCUUUCAUGCCCUGAACCUCGAGUACGACGACGUUGUCCGCAAGCUCGAGAACUGCGCCUUCAGCCCAGAGACCUCACGGUCCCUCGAACUGCACUUUUGCAGCCACGUCCUGCUCCCACCAAAGGAGGGCGACCACGGACACCACCAUGCCGUCACAGCCUCCAGCUCUGGCCACAGUACACCUCCGCCUCCUCACCCUCAUGCCCCGCCUCACCCUUCAACCGUCCCCGUGGCUUCAGCCUCCCCUGUUCCCGUCUCCGACACCGCUAUGACGGGGGCAUCUCCUGACCCUGCUCCUACUCCCGCCGAGUCGCUGCCGACUGAUCUGCCCUAGUUUGGGGAUUGGUCCUGGCGGUAUUACACCGGACACUAAGCCGCUGCUACAUGUUCCGUGAAAGGAGAGACAUCACAGCACGCAUAUACAACUCACGAUGAAUGACUGG